AUGGUCGCGACAUUUUCGCCGCACCGGGACUCCGGCGGCACCCUGCAUCUCACUUCCCACUCCGGGAUUCAUCACGUUGAUGCCAGCUCCGCCAUCCGACAACUACGCCGCUCACUGUCGCGUUCCCCAUCCAAGAGUUCCAACUUUUUCCUCAACACGCGAAAUCACUCUCCCUCCAAAUCCGCCUACAUCUCUUCUCCGCUCUCACCGUCUCGACGCAGCUCCCAAAACAACUUUGUUCUCUUCCCAUCACACCAGUCUCCUCUCGCGGUGCCUUAUCCUCCCAGCGCGAAAAUCUCCCGGCCGGCGAUGCGACGCCGCACGUCGCCUCGCAGUCCGGCCAAGCGCGCCUUGAGUGUCUCGACUGACGCUGGAAACGCCACUCCCACCCAGCCCAUCGCCCUUCCCCCCGGCGAGGAGAAUGACUUGACUCUCGACGAUCUGGUUCCAAAUAUGAUGAGCACAACUCCAGACAGCCCUUGUGCAAGCAAUACGCCUCUGGCGGAGCCAGCUUUCGCGCCCCGCCCCACCUUAUCGCGUAUCGAGAAGCGACGCAGUGGGACCUUUGGCAGCCUUGCAAGUGGGAGCCCAUUGAAGCGCAGUGAUGGAAUCAUGAAUCUGGACCAAGCUUCACGGGGCAGUCCUUCCGCGAAACGACGCAGCGUGCAUAACCCGAACUGUCCGCCUGAAUUCAGCAUUUUCGACAACGAGGUGGAAGAUACCACGCCCGAGGGCUCUCCAUCAUCUGAGAUUCCUUCUUUCCCCACGCCUGUUCAGCCACAUAGCCCAUUUGCGACGAUUCCCAAGCGCUCGUCUUCUCUGCGGCGAUCAACUCUCCAGCAGCGCGGUGAACGACCCCUCUUUGGCCGACCAAAGGCGUUGGAUGAUGAUGAGGGCACCUCCCCACCCGGUACGCCAUUAACGGUCCGGCCGCGUAUGUCGUUUGACAGCAGCCUGUUUCAACCUGGCAGCGAGAACAUUUUCUCUCCCAAGCCAUCAGCAAGCCCUCUAUUCUCCAACUCCCCAGCCAAUCCUCCUGUCAAUAAUGCUCAACCUCGCGCCGGCGCUCACCCUCUCUCUCGCACCAUCACCCAAUCAUCCUCUGGGUCAAGUCUUGAUGACUCCCCCACCCACGAACCGGUUCACAAGCCCGAGGGGCGCCGGCCCUUGUUCAACUUCUCCAAGUCCCUUCCCGCUGGAGCAACUCGCCCAGCACCCGUCCGCAGAAUCACACGAGAGGAUUCUGGCGAAUUUGCUACUCCAGACAACUACAAGCUGGUCAAGCCUCUGCCGGCGGCAUUCAUGUCCACUGGUCUCAUCUCGAAGAAGAACCGCAAUGCGGAGGAGAGUGGAUCCGCAUUCAACAAGAGCAUGCCUGAUACACCAUGUAAACGGCCUAUGAACAUGUUCACGGCCGGUCCGAACCCCACCGACAGACUGUUCGACAAGUCAAGGCAGUCAGAUGCCCCAUCUGCUUCUCCUUUCAACCCACCUACGACUUCGCGCCCCAAGCCGAGUCCCUUCGCCCGCGGCAUGGGCAUCUUUGGUAGCAGCUUCAACCGUCCCGAGGCUUCCCGCCGUGGCAGCCUCGCCAGUCUCGAUGGCGACGACUUGAAUCUAGCCCAGUCUCCCUCAUCCCGACAGGACAGCCAGCCUCUGAAUGAUGACUUCCCUCCCACUCCAACCAAACAGCCUUUCCUCUCAUCUCGCACCUACCCUCCUACCGCCGGCUCCAUCCCCUCCUUGGAACGGUUGUCGGAGACCGCCAGUCCUCUGCACGAGCGGCUCUUGCAGGCUUCGCCUCACACUCCCCGGGACCAAUACUUCCCUCCCGAUCCCAGUGGUCUGUCUAUCUCUGUGCCCAAUGACCACUCGGCUCACAUUGAGCACGAGCUUCCAGCUACCCCCACCGGACCUCGUGACUCCUGGUCUUCGUUCAGGCGCCCCAGUCUACAAAUCAGUGGAUACCACGCCCCUGACGUUGACCCAACUCUCACAUCCCGCUUUGACAGCGUGGAGCUCAUUGGAACUGGAGAGUUUUCCCAGGUCUUCCGCGUCUCAAAGCCCCACGACGCGUCUUUCCCUUCUGUUUUCUCCCUUCCGUCCAGCGAGCCCAAAUCUCCUGGCUCCCUUCCCCAUCAAGUGUGGGCUGUCAAGAAGAGCAAGCAGCCAUAUCUGGGGUUGAAGGAUCGGGAGCGCCGUAUCCGAGAGGUUGACAUCUUGAAGACCCUCAGCAACUGCGAUCAUGUGGUUUCCUUCAUGGACAGCUGGGAAAACCUAGGUCAUCUCUACAUCCAGACCGAAUACUGCGAGGAAGGUAGCCUGGAUGGCUUUUUGGCUCAAGCCGGCCUGAAGGCCCGUCUUGACGACUUCCGUAUCUGGAAGAUCUUGCUUGAAAUGUCAUUGGGUCUGAAGGAAAUCCACGACGAGGGCUUCAUCCAUCUUGAUCUCAAGCCGGCCAAUAUUCUGGUCACUUUUGAAGGCACUUUGAAAAUUGGUGACUUUGGCAUGGCCGCCCGCUGGCCUGCCGAGCACGGAAUCGAAGGCGAGGGUGAUCGGGAGUACAUUGGACCGGAGAUUCUCAAGGGUCAAUAUGACAAGCCCGCCGACAUCUUCUCCCUCGGUCUCAUCAUCUUCGAGAUUGCUGGCAAUGUCGAGCUCCCUGACAACGGACUCUCUUGGCAAAAGCUACGCAACGGUGAUAUGAGCGAUGUCCCCAGCCUCACCUUCAGCCACGAAAGCCAGGUCUCCCGCGAUGCCAGUGGAAACCCCAUCAUGAAGGAGUCGUCUUUCGAGGAACUCUGUACCUCUGACCUGGGUGGCGGCGAGUUUGGUGAUGACUUCUUGACCUGCCGUGAGCUGAGUACCCCCAAGCCUCAGCAUGUCGCUCGCAGCGGCGAGCUCAUCGAUCCUCCCGCCUUCAUGGCUGAUCCUUACCACCCUCAAUCUCUGGACGGAGUCGUCCGAUGGAUGAUCUCCCCCGAACCACAACACCGUCCCACCGCGGACCAAAUCCUGGAAACCUUUGGUGUCCAAUUUACCAACCAACGACGCCGCGCUGGCGCCACCGUCUUCGAGGGUAACUGGGGCCCCGCUGACGAGAUCUUGGCCGAAGAUGCCGAAAUGAUCGACGUGUAA